GACGGCGCCCAUCAGUCAGUUGGACGGAGACGCCUGACCGCAGCAGGGAAAGCAGUCCAUGAGCUCUUAGGAGCCGACACAUUUCUCUGGUUGUUGGGGACCCCGCCAUUCAGCAGUCAGGAUGGCUCGGGACAUGUCAGAUAAGGAAAUCUUGAAAAUGGAGCUUGACCAGUUGAAGAAGGAAGUCAGCACACCUAGAUCAUCAGUGAGUGCGAACUGCACCGACACGAUCGCUUUCGUCGAGGGACUGGCACCGAACGACCCGCUGAUCAAGGGCGUCCCCGACGACAAGAACCCCUACAAGGGAGACAAGGGGGGCUGCGUGGUCACAUAACACACGGACGGCCCCGGAACGGUGGCUUUUUUUACGGGAGCUGGAUUAUGUUGCUGUGAUGCUGUUCC